AAGGGAGUGAGUGAGAGACAGAGCCACAGACAGGGACAGGGACAGAGUCAGAGUCACAGAGAGGGAGGGAGUCCCGGGCAGCAUGGCAGGUUCCGCUCCUUACGCCCGCUACAAUGUCGCUAUCGUGCGGGACCUGGCGGAUUCUCUGGCGGGUCAGGCGCUGCGGAUGAACAAGGAUCAGGGGCAGAGUGUGGACAUGGAGAAGGCUCGGCAGGAACACAAGCAUUACACCGAUACCCUGCGCUCUAUCGACGGCCUGCAGCUGGUGGAGCUGUCGGGGGACAGCAGCCUCCCGGACUGUGUGUUUGUGGAGGACGCGGCGGUGGUGUGCGGAGAUACAGCGUUACUGACCCGGCCCGGGGCACCCAGCCGCCGCGCAGAGGUGAACAGUGUGAAGCAAGCUCUGCAGCAGCUUAACUUCAAUAUCGUUGAAAUGAAGGAUGAGACAGCAACUCUUGAUGGUGGGGAUGUCCUCUUUACAGGUAGAGAAUUUUUUGUGGGUCUUUCGAGCAGAACCAAUCAGCGUGGUGCCCAAAUUUUGGCAGAUGUUUUUAAGGACUAUGUGGUCAUCCCAGUGGAUGUGACAGGUACUCUACAUCUGAAGACUUUCUGCACUAUGGCUGGUCCUGACCUGAUUGCCAUUGGCUCAAGCGUAGAAGCUCAGAAGACUCUGAAGGAAAUGCUGAAACUGACUACCUACAAUUACACGACACUUAUAUUGCCAGAUGAUGAAGCUGCAAACUGUGUUUACCUGAACAGCCCAGAGAAGGGCCACAUUCUACUGCACCGAACUGCAAAGGAGUUUCCUGAAAGUGCUAAGAGGUUUAAAAGCCUGACCAACUAUACAUUGAUUCCAGUCUCCAACACUGAACUGGCCAAAGUUGAUGGAAGCCUUACUUGCUGUUCCAUACUUCUGAACAAAGGCGCUUGAAAUAUGAAGCUCCUCUUUUUUAAACAAAAAAAAAAGAAACUUCUUUUAAUUGGCAAUAAUGUGAUUACUGCGUUACUGAAUCUAUUCUGAAACUACAGUCUUUACUUGAAUUCUUCUAAACCCUUCUCUUCCACUGUGCUCUGAAUGCUGUGUAUUGGAAGGCUGGGAUCAAGUAGACUGUGACUGCCACCUUGUGAUUACAACUAUGUAUAACGUCCUUUUCUUUGAAGUAACUUCCGAAAUUCUGAUGAGGAUAUAUAUGUGUAUAUAUAUAUAUUAUAUUCAGAUGUUAAAAGGGUGAAUUUAAUCUUAUAAGUGAAUGAUUACAAUUUUUAUUUACUUACUACAGUUGAUUGUUUUGUAAGUGGGGAUUAGUUUUCCUUUAUUUUGGUUCUUUUCCAGUGAAUGAAAAAAGUUGCUAGUUAAUAUCUCGCAGCUCAGGUUUUGGAAUACAACACUUGGUGACUUGCAUGCCUUCAACUGUCUCCUUCGUUUGCAUUCCACAACCUGCUUUGACAUUGCAUAGACCUCGCAGUAAUGAAUAAUUCUAAAUGACCCAGUUCCAUUCUGCCUUAGACCUUACAUGGGGCAAUGGUUCUGUUUAAGUCAGGCUGACUCGUUUGCCAGUGUGUGUGCCAAAGGCUGCUUUGUCUUCAGUUUGCCACAACGCAUUACCAUGUCUCACGAUUGUCAAAUUUGAUUGCUUGUUGUGUUCUUCAUCUGCUUCAUGUGAAUGAAAUAAAAGUCAUUGCCAAUGCUA